AUGGCUGCUGCACGUGAACAUAGACAGGCGUAUGGCAGGGGCGCUCGGGGCCUCUAUUUCCGUCCCCCGCGGCGGUUAAGUGAGCCGCUACUUAAACAAAUAGACGCGGCGUCGCUCGAUCACGAAUUAACACGUGUCUCCGGCCCCCGUAUUCUUAAUUCGGGGGAUUUGGACGGCGGCGGCGGCGGUGUGAAAAUAAACAAUGCACCGCGGACGGCGCCAUUAGCCGCUGUUUGUAAACACGGCCGCGACAAUCGUCCGCAAAUAAAGCACUUAGGGGCGCAUUCCGGGCGCCCAUCGCCCAUCGCCCAUCGCCCAUCUCCAUCCGAUACGUAUGCGUCGCGGGCGAUGAGGCCGAGCGCCCUCGGGAAGGCCAAUGGGCCGGAAGCCACCGCGGCGCCGGAGCGUAACACGUCGUUUGCCAAU